GAUUUUCCCAAAGCAUCCAUAUGCAAACAAUAAAAACAUGGUAAUCCUUGAUCACAAGUGCCCAACAUUGACAAUGACUUCUCAAACAUACCCCUAUAUAUUCUCUUCACCGCCUUCCCUAUUUUUGAACCCACUCAACACCUCUGUAUACUAUCAAAGAAAAGGCAAAAAGCAAUUUUUUUCCAAAAUUCUAUUGGAAAAAUGAAGUCACCAACACAAUUUUUCUUUAAGCAAAAGCAUAUACUUCUAAAAUUGCUUAUAUUCAUACUCUACAUUUUUUCAAUCAAUAGAAGUAAGAUCUGUUGUAAUCAUCAUUUUGCCACCCCUUCAAGUCUAUCAUUGAAACAAUUGAAACUUGAAGGGUACCUUAGUUUUGAAAAACUAAAUUAUGCAGCCAAAGACUUUGGCAAUAGAUGCCAAUUCCUUCCAUUAGCAAUUUUGUAUCCAAAAUCAGUUCUUGAUAUAUCUUCCACCAUAAAAUAUGUCUUCGAAAUCGGUACUAUAACAGACUUAACUGUUGCUGCUAGAGGUCAUGGACACUCUUUAGAAGGCCAAUCUCAAGCUUAUCAAGGAAUAGUGAUUAAUAUGAAAUCACUUCAAGAACCAGCAAUGAAGUUCAAGAUUGAGGAAUUGUCUUAUGUUGAUGUUUCUGCUGGAGAGCUUUGGAUAAAUGUCCUGCAUGAAAGUUUUAAACUUGGGCUUGCACCUAAAUCUUGGACUGAUUAUCUUCACCUCACAGUUGGUGGCACUUUGUCUAAUGCUGGGAUCAGUGGACAAGCUUUUAAGCACGGACCUCAGAUCAAUAACGUCUACCAACUCGAGGUUGUCACUGGUAAAGGAGAGGUGAUUACUUGUUCAGAGGAGCAGAAUGCAGACUUGUUCCAUGGUGUACUAGGAGGACUAGGGCAGUUUGGUAUUAUUACCAAGGCAAGAAUUGCUCUUGAAACAGCACCAAAGAAGGUCAAGUGGAUUAGAGUGUUGUAUUCAGAUUUUGCUACAUUUUCCAAAGAUCAAGAGAACUUGAUAUCAUCUCAAGAUACAUUUGACUAUAUUGAAGGAUUUGUCAUUAUCAACAGAACUGAAUUGUUUAAGGACUGGAGGUCUACUUUCAAUCCUAAAGAUCCACUUCUAGCUAGCAAUUUCACUUCAGAGGGUAGAGUUUUAUUCUGCCUAGAAGUUGCCAAAUACUUCAAUCCAGAAGACACAGAUAGUACAGAUAAGAAAAUUGAUGUCCUCUUGUCAAAGUUGAAUUAUAUCCGAUUCACGUUGUUCCUAUCAGAAGUCUCCUACGUGGAAUUCCUUGAUAGAGUGCAUGUCUCCCAGAUGAAACUACAAGAAAAGGGGUUGUGGGAUGUUCCUCAUCCAUGGUUAAAUCUUCUUAUACCAAAAAGCAGGAUUCUUGAUUUUGCACAAGAAGUUUUUGGGAAGAUUCUUACUGACACAAGCAAUGGUCCUAUACUCAUCUACCCCGUCAACAAAUCAAAGUGGAGAAAAGAAACAUCAAUGGUUACACCUGAUGAAGAUGUUUUUUACCUGAUCGCGUUCCUAUCAUCCGCUAUGCCAUCUUCAACAGGAAAGGAUGGAUUAGAUCAUAUUAUAGAUCAGAACAAAAGGAUACUAAGUUUUUGUGAGAAAACGCAUAUUGGAAUGAAACAAUAUUUGCCAAAUCACAAGACUCAAGAAGAGUGGAAAAAUCAUUUUGGUCCUCAGUGGGAAGCAUUUGUUAGGAGGAAAUUCACAUAUGACCCUUUCACUAUACUUGCUCCAGGACAGAGGAUUUUCAGAAAGCAAGCAGCCUGUGAACAACAAUAACUUGGUACAUAGGAGUUUUUAGCUUUAGAUGAAUGACCAUCCUGCUCCAAAGUGUGAGGAACAAAUGUACAUUCUUAAGUGGGGCGGGGCGGGUUAAAAUUUUGAGGCUUUAAGUUCCGCCCCACCCCACGGUCAUCCCUAUAAUAUAUGUUUAUGAAAAUCUGGUUAUUAGGUGAAGAAUUUAGUUAAACAAAUAUACAUUCUUAAGUGGUCAGGUGGUAGUUUUUCAGACUAAAUGAGCAGUUUGUU